AUGAUUUUGAUGACAGUAAUCCAUUUACUUCUUCUUCUUGUGGCUUUAUCAUCAUCAGCACCAUCAUCAUCACCACCAGCUUCAAGCUUUGAAGAAUUUGAUCUGAAACUUUAUUCUACUCUUAGUCAAAAUAAGAAGAAUCAAAAUGUAUUUUUUUCACCAGCAAGUAUUUCUCUUGCAAUGUCAAUGUGUGCAGUUGGUGCUCAACAAGAAACACUACAUCAAAUGUUAAAAACAUUUGAAGUAUCAUCAAGAAAUCAAUUAAUAGAAACAGCUGAACAAAUGAUGCAUAUCUUUUCCAUUGCUAAUCAAGAUAAACAAGUUCAACUUAAACUAGCUAAUCGUCUUUAUGCACAAAAAGCAUAUCAACUUCAAGAAGAAUAUUUAAAAAUUCUUCAAAAUGCAUUUAAAGCAGAUAUUAAACUUGAAGAUUUUGAAAAUGAAAGUGCUCAAGUUGUUCAAAGAAUCAAUACAUGGGUUGAACAACAAACAAAUAAUUUAAUUCGAAAUUUACUUUCAACAAAAGAUGUGACACCUGAAACAAGAUUAAUAAUUAUUAAUAGUAUUUAUUUCAAGGGUACAUGGAUAAAAGAAUUUAACCAAAAUUUAACAAAGAAAAAUGCUGAUUUUUAUGAAACAAAUGGUAAAAUUUCUAAAGUAACAUUAAUGCAUCAACGAGAGAAAUAUGCUUACGCUGAGAAUAAUGAUUUAUAUGUACAAAUUGUUCAUGUACCAUAUAAAAGUGAAAAUAAAGAUGUUGAAUUUGUUUUUACAGUAAUUUUACCUAAUCGAGGAGUUCAAUUAGAUGUUGUCGAACAAAAAUUAGCGUCACGACCUGAUUUAAUGCAAAAUUUAUUAAGUCAUCAAAAUACAAAAACAGAAGAACUUCUUUUAUAUUUACCAAAAUUUAAAAUGGAAACUACAUUUGAAUUAAGUGAUAUUCUUCAACAACUUGGAAUGAAAGAUGCAUUUAGAGAUGAUAAAGCAAAUUUUUCAGGUAUUGUUAGUGAAAAAAAUAAUAAAGAUCAUUUAUACAUUAGCAAGGUUAUUCACAAAGCGUUUAUUGAUGUAAACGAACAAGGAUCAGAAGCAGCAGCAGCUACAGCCGUUAUCAUCACUAUUCUUGCAUCAGUUCAUCAACCACUACAUCCCAUUGAAUUCAAAGCUGAUCGUCCAUUUUUAUUCUUCAUUCGUGAAAGUCGACAAAAUAUUGUCUUAUUUAGUGGUAGAUUUAUUUCACCACCAACAAACUCAUAA